AGUCGAAAAAAUUUGCAAAAUUCAAGUGAAAAACGUCCAGAAACCGCGUUACUUGUAAUGUUUAACUAGUUGAUAAGCGCAAAAAGUACAUAUAUUUUUGAUAGAAGAUGGCGACAGAAAUCGAACAGCUUCGUGCUGAAAUUGAGAGACUUGGUCGCGAACUGGACAUUCGCGAAAGUGAGAACAUCCAAUCAGCGCAGUAUGGCUUAAGUUUGUUGGAGGAAAAACAAACGCUUCAGACAAAAUGUGAGGAGCUGGAAACAUUAUAUGAGAAUGCGAAACAUGAGUUGGACAUCACACAAGAGGCCCUCGCCAAGUACCAAAAUUCUCAAAAAGUCACCACAAAAACGGGAAUCGAGACCGAAGACGCCCUUUUGAACGAAUCUGCCGCCAUGGAAACGUCCCUAAACCUCCAAAUUUGCGAGUUGGAGAACGAAGUGAAGCAACUUCGGCACGAAUUGGAACGCGUCACAACAGAACGCGACCGAAUGUUGCAAGAAAACAGCGAAAUAGGGCGCGACAAAUCCGGUGUCGAGCAGGAAAAGCAACGUUUGAAGCAGGAAUUGAAAGAUAUCAAGUUCCGUGAGGCUCGGAUGUUGACCGAAUUUUCCGAACUAGAGGAGGAAAAUAUUUCUCUUCAAAAGCAAGUGUCGAGUUUGCGUUCGUCUCAAGUCGAAUUCGAGGGAGCCAAACACGAAAUCCGUCGUUUAACGGAGGAAAUUGAACUUUUGAACUCGGAAAUGGAACAAGUUGUGAAUUUGAAGAAACUUGCGACGAAACAGAUGGAAGAAACGUUGGAAUUACUGACGAACGAACGGGAAGCUCGUUACGCCUUGAAGAAGGAACUCGAUGCUCAUGUCAACCGGGAGUCAUCUUACAACAUCAGCAACUUGGUUUACAGCAUCCGCGGCUUGGAGGAGAAUAACAUGAACAGCAGUGACUGCGAAGAAGACGAUGCGCAACUCAAAAGACUCGAAAAUGACAUGUCUGAGUUAAAAUCCCCCGAUGGCACGAAAGUUGAUCUCUUCAGUGAAAUUCACUUGAACGAACUGAAAAAGCUCGAGAAGCAACUCGAAGCUCUGGAGACUGAAAAAACGGGACUUUCGGCAAAUUUACGCGAUGCCCAACAAAAUUUGGACAAAAGUCAGAACGACAUGCAGAAUUUCGUGGCGAAAGUUUUACUUCUUGCCGCUCACGUUGACGCCCUGCAUCAGUUAAAGAAGCAAAUUGAGACCGAGGACAAGCUCAAAGCCGUUUCCGUUGACGGGAGUAAAGACAAAGCGAUGACCGACAUGAUGAACGAAGCCAUUGCCCAAUAUACGGCUUGGUUCGCGAUCAGCGCGAAGGAAAUUGACGGCUUGAAAAGCGACAUUGCCGAGUUGCAAAAGGAAAUUAACGUCGGCGAAGCGAUGAAUGUGCUCCGGAACGAAGUUACGAACCUCAAAAACAAACUUUUGAACACGGAACAGAAGAAUCUCGAUCUCAAAAGUGAUGUUCAGGCCUUGGCCAGUCUUGCGCAAGUCGCCGGGCAAAGUAUUUGUUCGGCAAAGGGCAAUUUAGUCACUUUGAGUGACGAUUUGGCGCAACUUUAUCAUCUGGUGUGCACCGUAAACGGCGAAACCCCGAACCGAGUGUUGCUUGAUCACAAAAAUGAGGACUUGAGUCUCGAUAAUGACUCCCUUUCGACCAUCCAAUCGCAACUCAAGAGCGAUAUUCUCGUUUCCAAGCCGAAUAUCUUCAAUGAUUUGCAGUCCAUGGGCGAUAGUGUCGAGAUAAAACGUUACGUCGACACAAUUACCGACCAAAUAAAGUACCUUAAGACCGCCGUUGAGCACACAAUUGAGCUUAACAAGGACAAAGUUGCGGGAAAUGCAGCGGCGAACGACGAAAAUCGCGCUUCGGUUGAUCAGAAAGAAGAAAUUGCAGAGUUGCACGAACAAAUUAUCAAAUUGCGGUCGUUGUUGUCGGCGAAACGGGAGCAAAUUGCAACGUUAAGAAGUGUGUUGAAGUCAAAUAAGAAUACGGCGGAAGUUGCGCUCAAUAAUUUGAAGAGCAAGUAUGAGAAUGAGAAAAUUGUCGUCAGUGACACGAUGAGCAAGUUAAGAAAUGAGUUGAGAGUGUUGAAGGAAGAUGCGGCGACUUUUUCGAGUUUGCGGGCGAUGUUUGCGGCGAGAUGCGAGGAAUAUGUCACGCAAGUUGAUGACUUGACGCAUCAAUUGUCGGCAGCGGAGGAAGAGAAGAAGACGUUGAAUCAGUUGUUAAGAUUGGCGGUGCAGCAGAAAUUGUCGCUCACGCAGAAGUUGGAGGAGUAUGAAGUAGAUCGUGAAAUGCAUCCCCAACGUCGCCAAGCCCCCCAAAUGCGCGGAGGAAAAUCCGCCCGUAGCAGCAACAACAACAACUCGACCAAUUCCAAACAAAACUUUUUCUAACAUAAAAUUAGCGUGCAACGUAAAUUACUAGCACUGAUCUACACGUUACUUAACUUGUAAACCUC